AUGGCAUCUUUCUCCAAGACAUCCUCGAAGGCAGGCUCUGGAGUGGGUGGUGGAGGAUGGGCGAAGGCGAAGCAUUCAUCUGUGGGUGGAGGCGGCUCCACCCUCGAAAGGAUCCAGCAAAUCGAGUUGGAGAUCUCGCGCACGCAGAAGAACAAGGCGACAGCGAAGCAUCUUGGUGAGUUGAAGGCGAAGCUCUGCAAGCUCAAGCGCGACAUCCUGGAACCUUCCGGUGGCGGCGGUGGCAAAGCAGCCGGGUUCGAGGUGCAAAGAAUCGGAGAUGCCCGGGUGGGCCUCGUGGGCUUUCCAUCUGUGGGGAAAUCCUCCCUGCUCACUGCUCUGACCGGUGUCCAGUCCGAGGCUGCCGCGUACGAGUUCACGACCCUGACUUGCAUCCCGGGCGUGAUCUACUACAACGACGUCAGAAUCCAGCUCCUCGACCUUCCGGGCCUUAUCGUGGGUGCGUCCAUCGGCAAAGGCCGGGGACGGCAGGUAAUUGCGACGGCAAAGUCAUGCGAUAUCAUCCUCAUGGUUCUAGAUGCCACGAAGGAUGACGCACAAAAGGAGAUGCUUACGAAGGAGUUGGAAAAUGUUGGGAUUCGGUUAAACAGAAAGCCCCCCGACGUGACCGUCAGACCGACCAAAGGAGGAGGUCUGAAAUUUCAAGCGACAGUGCCGCUGACCCAUUUCGACGAAGAGGUUUGCGCUACCAUUUUGAGACAGUACAAGAUGCACAAUGCGGAUGUUUUGGUGCGAGAGGACAUCACAGAGGAUGACUUUAUAGAUGUCAUCGACGGGAACCGCAAGUAUUGCAAGUGUAUCUACGUGUACAACAAGAUAGACAUGCUGCCGCUGGCAGAAGUGGACGAGCUAGCAAGGAGGCCAAGCUCCGUGGUAGUUUCUGUACGCAACAAGUGGAAUUACGAUUACUUGAUGAAACGACUUUGGGACGAGAUGGAGAUUAUCAGGGUCUACACCAAAAAGAAGGGGGAGUUUCCAGACUUUUCCGACCCCCUCAUCAUCACACCGCAGCGCGGAAACAAGCAGUUCAAUGUUGAAAAUGCCGUGCAGCUUCUGCACAAAUCACUGCUGGACGACUUCAAGCAUGCCUUGAUUUGGGGUAGCAGCGUCAAGCAAUCCCCGCAGGCCUGUGGCAAAGACCACAUAGUGCACGACGAGGACGUUCUUCAGAUUGUCAAGUUGACACAGGCAGAAAAAGCAAAAGCUGCGCAUGGAAAGAAAACAGGAACGACUAUCGCAGGGUCGAACAUCAAGGUCGACCCCAAGAAGAAGGACGAAAAGUCUGCGCCGAAAAGCUGA